AUGGAAGCCUGGGAACUAGAAGAAUAUAAAGGUUACGUGGGCAGAAUCAUUACUCAAUUUAAAGAAAUCAACCCUGAAUCUUCACCCAUGAUUGUGAAUUUCCGAGAAGCAGAUACAACAAACAAACUCCACCAACUUUUAUCAGAACACUAUCUUACCAUAAUGGACUACCCUCGGGACUAUGAAGGUUGCCCAUUGGUACCAAUAGAGAUAAUCCACCAUUUUCUUAAAUCAAGCGAAAGCUGGCUCACACUUGGACAACAAAACGUUCUUCUAAUGCACAGUGAGCUUGGUUGUUGGCCCGUGUUGGCUUUCCUGUUGGCUGCUCUUUUACUUGACAGAAAACAUUUCACUUCUGAAAGUAGGGCCCUUGAGAUGGUUCUGAAACAGGCCCCAUAUGGGAAGUUACCCCUGUUGACACCAUAUGAUCCUACAGCUUCUCAGUUGAGGUACUUACAGUAUGUGUCAAAGAGGAAUGCUGAUGAACAACAUUGGCCUCCACCAGACAAGGCACUUAAAAUAGAUUGUGUGAUAAUCAGAAUGAUUCCUGAUUUUGAUGGAAAAGGAGAAAAUGAGCUCGUUAAAAUUGAUAUUAAUUGCAAUAUUCAAGGCGACAUUCUGUUGGAGUGUAUUAACUUAAAUGAUGAUCUGGUGAAGGAGACGAUUAUGUAUCGUGCCAUGUUCAACACAGCAUUCAUCAAAUCGAAUACUUUGAUACUGAGUCGUGAGGAAGUCGACAUAUCUUGGGAUAAAAAGCAUCAAUUUCCUAGGGAGUUCAAAGCUGAGGUACUUUUCUUCACAUUAUUCCUAGUCACUGGUCAUAUUAUUUUUUAG